CCUCUGAGUGUGUGGAGAGUGCCACUCCGAGACAGGGUGUUACCUUUCUGCUCAGGCAUCGCGUCGGGCAGCCUCGCCCUUUCCUGGGGCUUCCGUGCGGCAGGAGGGCUCCGUUAGGGCGCCUCCAAGAUGGCGACGCUGUUGGCGGUAAAUUCGGCUGCCAGUCUGUGGGGUCCUUAUAAAGACAUUUGGCAAACAGUGGGAAAUGCUCUUUGGAGAAGACAACCUGAAGCUGUCCACCUUCUUGACAUGAUUUUGAAGAAACACAAACCUGAUUUCAUCUCACUCUUCAGAAACCCACCCAAAAAUGUCCAACAACAUGAGAAGGUUCAGAAAGCCAGUACAGAGGGAGUCGCUAUCCAGGGUCAACAGGGAACCCGACUUCUUCCUGAACAGCUCAUUAAAGAGGCCUUUAUCCUUAGUGACCUUUUUGAUAUUGGAGAAUUGGCAGCUGUUGAGCUUCUCCUCGCUGGAGAGCACCAACAGCCACAUUUUCCUGGUCUCACCAGAGGAUUAGUAGCUGUUCUUUUAUAUUGGGAUGGAAAACGGUGCAUUGCAAAUUCCCUGAAAGCCUUAAUACAGUCUAGACGAGGAAAGACGUGGACCCUUGAACUCAGUCCAGAGCUGGUUUCCAUGACAACACGGUUUACAGAGGAGCUGAUGGAGCAAGGAUUGACUUAUAAAGUCCUUACUCUGGUGUCACAGAUUGAUGUGAACAAUGAGUUUGAAAAACUACAGCGGGAGAGAGGUUUGGGCAGUGAAAAACAUCGAAAAGAGGUUUCUGAUCUCAUCAAGGAGUGCAGGCAGUCUCUGGCAGAAAGCCUUUUUGCCUGGGCUUGUCAGUCACCUUUAGGCAAAGAUGACACUCUGCUUCUUAUUGGACAUUUGGAAAAAGUGACAGUUGAGGCUAAUGGCUCCUUGGAUGCAGUGAAUCUGGCUCUUCUUAUGGCGCUUCUAUACUGCUUUGAUAUCAGUUUUCUAGAACAAAGCACAGAGGAACGAGAUGAUAUGAUUCAUCAACUUCCACUGUUGACAGAAAGACAAUACAUUGCAACAAUUCACUCUCGCCUACAAGACUCACAGCUUUGGAAACUGCCUGGCCUGCAGGCCACUGUUAGACUUGCCUGGGCACUGGCAUUGAGAGGAAUAUCUCAGCUACCUGAUGUGACAGCUCUGGCUGAAUUUACAGAAGCGGAUGAAGCAAUGGCAGAGCUCGCAAUUGCUGACAAUGUCUUCCUGUUCCUCACUGAAUCCGUAGUGGUGUCAGAAAACUUCUAUCAGGAGGAGUUUUAUAUUCGUAGAAUCCAUAAUCUCAUCACAGAUUUCCUGGCGCUUAUGCCAAUGAAGGUGAAACAGUUGAGGAAUCGGGCAGAUGAAGAUGCUCGAAUAAUUCACAUGAGUAUGCAGAUGGGUAAUGAACCUCCCAUUUCACUUAGAAGAGAUCUGGAACACUUAAUGCUCUUGAUUGGUGAGCUAUAUAAAAAGAAUCCUUUUAAUUUGGAGCUUGCUCUCGAAUAUUGGUGUCCCUCAGAGCCUCUUCAGACUUCCACUAUCAUGGGUUCUUACCUUGGGGUGGCUCAUCAGCGACCCCCUCAACGCCAGGUUGUUUUGUCAAAGUUUGUUAGGCAAAUGGGUGACCUAUUGCCUCCAACGAUAUACAUUCCGUAUUUGAAAAUGCUUCAGGGAUUGGCUAAUGGGCCCCAGUGCGCCCACUACUGUUUCAGCCUGCUUAAAGUCAAUGGUAGUAGUCAUGUUGAAAAUAUUCAGGGAACAGGUGGCAGUCCUGUUUCCUGGGAACAUUUCUUUCACUCCUUAAUGCUUUACCAUGAGCACCUCCGGAAGGAUCUUCCAAGUGCAGAUAGUGUCCAGUACCGGCACCUUCCUUCCCGUGGAAUCACCCAGAAGGAACAGGAUGGAUUGAUUGCUUUUUUACAGCUCACCUCCACCAUCAUUACUUGGAGUGAAAAUGCUCGCCUGGCACUCUGUGAACAUCCUCAGUGGACCCCGGUUGUGGUGAUUCUGGGACUCCUACAAUGCAGUAUUCCCCCCGUUCUUAAAGCAGAGCUGCUGAAGACCCUUGCAGCUUUUGGAAAAUCUCCUGAAAUUGCUGCUUCCCUCUGGCAGUCCCUGGAAUACACUCAGAUACUGCAAACCGUAAGGGUUCCAAGCCAGAGGCAAGCUAUUGGUAUCGAGGUUGAACUAAAUGAAAUAGAAUCCCGGUGUGAAGAAUACCCAUUGACUCGAGCUUUUUGCCAGCUUAUUAGUACCUUGGUGGAGAGUUCAUUUCCUUCUAAUUUGGGUGCUGGCCUGCGGCCCCCUGGCUUUGACCCUUAUUUGCAGUUCCUCAGAGAUUCUGUGUUUCUCCGAUUCCGCACGAGAGCUUACCGGAGAGCAGCUGAAAAGUGGGAAGUUGCUGAGGUUGUUUUGGAGGUGUUUUAUAAAUUGCUCAGAGAUUAUGAGCCUCAACUUGAAGAUUUUGUAGACCAGUUUGUGGAAUUACAAGGAGAAGAAAUCAUAGCCUACAAGCCACCAGGAUUUAGUCUCAUGUAUCAUCUUCUGAAUGAGUCACCAAUGUUGGAGCUUGCUCUUAGUUUAUUGGAAGAAGGCGUUAAGCAGCUGGAUACCUAUGCCCCUUUCCCUGGGAAGAAACACUUGGAGAAAGCAGUGCAGCAUUGCCUUGCACUUCUCAAUCUGACUCUGCAAAAGGAAAAUCUCUUUAUGGACCUUCUAAGAGAGAGUCAGCUGGCUCUAAUAGUUUCUCCUCUAGAACAGUUGUUACAGGGAAUCAAUCCCAGAACCAAGAAGGCUGAUAAUGUGGUGAAUAUUGCCAGAUACCUGUAUCAUGGCAACACUAAUUCAGAAUUGGCUUUUGAAAGUGCCAAGAUCCUCUGCUGUAUCUCUUGCAACUCUAAUAUUCAGAUAAAAUUGGUUGGAGAUUUCACACAUGACCAGAGUGUAAGUCAGAAGCUGAUGGCUGGAUUUGUGGAGUGUUUGGAUAGUGAAGAUACAGAAGAAUUUGUACGCCUAGAAGAGGGAUCAGAGCUUGAGAAGAAGUUAGCUGGAAUCCGUCAUGAAACAAGAAUCCACAUCCUGAAUCUUCUCAUCACCUCUCUGGAACGCAACCCACCCAAUCUUGCUCUCUACCUGCUGGGAUUUGAACUGAAGAAACCUGUCAGUACCACAAACCUACAAGAUCCAGGAGUGUUAGGUUGCCCUCGGACGUGCCUUCAUGCCAUUUUAAACAUCUUGGAGAAAGGAACCGAAGGGAGAACAGGCCCGGUGGCAGUGAGAGAGUCUCCUCAACUCGCUGAACUAUGUUACCAGGUGAUAUAUCAGUUGUGUGCAUGCGCAGAUACAUCUGGUCCUACUAUGAGGUACUUGAGAACCAGCCAGGAUUUCUUAUUUUCUCAGUUACAACAUUUACCUUUUUCUAACAAAGAAUAUGAAAUGUCUAUGCUGAACCAGAUGUCAUGGCUAAUGAAGACUGCCUCAAUAGAACUAAGGGUAACUUCUCUGAAUCGUCAACGCUCACAUACCCAGAGGCUCCUACACCUCCUACUGGAUGACAUGCCUGUGAAACCAUAUUCAGAUGGUGAAGGAGGAAUAGAAGAUGAAAACAGGUCUGUCUCAGGAUUCCUUCACUUUGAUACUACUACAAAAGUACGCCGAAAAAUUCUAAGUAUUCUGGACUCGAUUGACUUCAGUCAGGAGAUCCCUGAGCCUUUGCAGUUGGAUUUCUUUGAUCGGACCCAGAUCGAGCAAGUUAUUGCUAACUGUGAACACAAGAAUUUACGGGGACAGACAGUCUGCAAUGUCAAGCUUCUUCAUAGGGUUCUUGUAGCUGAAGUAAAUGCUCUUCAGGGUAUGGCAGCCAUAGGACAGAGACCGCUAUUAAUGGAGGAAAUUAGCACCAUACUUCAGUAUGUGGUAGGAAGAAACAAAUUGCUGCAGUGUCUUCAUGCAAAACGGCAUGUGCUAGAGUCAUGGAGGCAGCUGGUGGAAAUUAUACUGACAGCUUGUCCUCAGGACCUCAUUCAGGCAGAGGAUCGACAACUGAUUAUUCGUGAUAUUUUACAAGAUGUGCAUGAUAAGAUACUGGAUGAUGAAGCAGCACAAGAGUUAAUGCCGGUGGUGGCAGGUGCUGUGUUCACCCUGACUGCUCACCUAAGCCAAGCCGUUCGCACAGAACAGAAGCAACCAUUAGUUUUGGGACCCGGAGAGACCCAUUAUGCUUUUAUGCUUGAUAGUUCUUUCACCUCCCCUCCUCCAGCAGAGAACCCAAUGGUGGGUUUUGCUUCUAUUGGAGAUUCUUCGCUUCACAUCAUAUUGAAGAAGCUCUUGGACUUCAUUUUGAAGACAGGUGGCGGAUUCCAACGAGUGAGGACACACCUGUACGGCUCUCUGUUGUAUUACUUACAGAUUGCCCAGAGACCAGAUGAACCAGAUACACUAGAAGCAGGAAAUGUUAAAUUGGAUGAUACAGACCAGAUGUCAACUCACUUUUUCUGUAAAGGGUCAGAUACCAAGAAAACCAUGUGGGAAAGGCUGACAGCCCCUGAAGAUGUAUUUAGUAAAUUACAGCGAGAAAACAUAGCCAUCAUUGAGAGCUAUGGCGCUGCCCUCAUGGAAGUGGUCUGUCGAGAUGCUUGUGAUGGUCACGAGAUUGGAAGGAUGCUGGCACUGGCUCUACUUGAUCGGAUUGUCUCCGUAGAUAAGCAGCAGCAGUGGCUUUUGUAUCUUUCUAACAGUGGCUAUUUGAAGGUGCUUGUGGACAGCUUGGUAGAAGAUGACCAUACUUUGCAGAGCUUACUAACUCCACAACCUCCCCUUUUAAAAGCUCUUUAUACGUACGAAUCCAAAAUGGCAUUUCUUACAAGAGUGGCUAAGAUACAGCAGGGUGCACUAGAGCUGCUGAGGUCUGGGGUGAUAGUGAGACUGGCACAAUGUCAGGUCUAUGACAUGCGCCCAGAGAUGGACCCACAGGGCAUGUUCGGCAUGAGAGACCCGCCAGUGUUCAUCCCUGCCCCUGUGGACCGCUACCGGCAGAUUCUGCUCCCGGCUCUCCGCUUGUGCCAGGUCAUCCUCACAUCCAGCACUGCCCAGCACUUACAGGCAGCAGGGCAGGUGUUGCAGUUUCUCAUUUCACAUUCUGAUACCAUACAAGCAAUCCUGCGCUGUCAGGAUGUGAGUGCUGGGUCUUUGCAGGAACUGGCUCUGCUGACGGGAAUUAUAAGUAAAGCAGCACUUCCUGGUAUAUUAAGUGAACUUGAUGUUGAUGUAAAUGAAGGAUCUCUAAUGGAACUACAGGGACAUAUUGGAAGAUUCCAGCGCCAGUGUUUAGGACUACUAAGCCGCUUUGGAGGCUCUGACAGACUGCGCCAGUUUAAAUUUCAAGAUGAAAACGUGGAGGGAGAUAGAGUGAGCAAGAAAGAUGAACUCGAACUGGCCAUGCAGCAGAUCUGUGCCAAUGUCAUGGAAUAUUGCCAGUCACUCAUGUUACAGAGCUCCCCCACAUUCCAGCAUGCCAUGUGUCUCUUCACCCCGAGCCUGUCAGAAACCAUUAACAGAGACGGACCUCGGCAAGAUACCCAAGCUCCAGUGAUUCCAUAUUGGCGCCUGCCAGGUUUGGGCAUUAUUGUCUACCUGCUGAAACAGAGCGCUAAUGAUUUCUUCAGCUAUUAUGACAGUCACCGACGGAGUGUCAACAAGCUACAGAAUGUAGAGCAGCUUCCACCAGAUGAGAUAAAAGAGUUGUGUCAGUCUGUGAUGCCUGUUGGUGUUGAGAAAAUCUCUACUGCCCAGAAAUAUGUUCUAGCAAGACGGCGUUUGGUGAAGUUGAUCAAUAAUCGAGCCAAACUGCUUUCCCUCUGUUCUUUUAUCAUAGAGACCUGCCUAUUUAUUCUUUGGCGCCAUCUGGAGUACUACUUGUUACACUGCACGCCCACAGAUUCUCAAGAUUCCUUGUUUGCCUCCAGAACCUUAUUUAAAAGCAGAAGACUACAAGAUUCCUUCACUUCAGAAACCAACCUAGAUUUUAGAAGUGGACUGACAGGAGUGAGCCAACAUGACUUAGACCAGCUUCAGGCUGAUGCCAUCAACGCUUUUGGAGAAUCACUACAAAAGAAACUUCUGGACAUUGAAGGAUUGUACUCAAAAGUUCGAUCUCGCUAUAGUUUCAUACAAGCUCUAGUCAGACGUAUCCGAGGCCUGCUGAGGAUAUCAAGGAACUGAGGGCCUGUGCUUAUACUCUUCUAGGGAAGAGAUGAAUUGGGGGAAACUGUCCCCUUUUUAUAGAUUUGUUUCUAAAUUAUGACCAAAAAAUAUUUUGCUAUUUCUUUCUUUAUAUAUGGACAUCUUUUCUGUAAAUUUCUUUGCCUGGUUCCAAGCUCACUAGUAAAAAAAUAAAUACUUUUUAAAAAACAAAA